CAGUAACAUCAACAUUUCAGCCAUUCAACGUAGAGAAUGAAUGUAAAGAACAACAAAGUGCCGAACUAAAAUGUCAAGGAAUAACUUGUCAAUACAGCAAUAAUGUGAAUAUUUGCUGUCGAAAUUCAUAAGUAGGCGAUUGCGAGAACUAAAACGAUAGCAGUAAGCCGACUGUCAAUGCUUACGCCAGUUGAUAACUGUGCAGUCAAUAAAAUACAUUGUGGAAUUGUAAAAAAAAAAAAAAAAAGUAAUAAUAAUAAAAAUAAAAAGGAAAUUCAAAAUUGUUUUGUUCUUGUGAAGAGGUGCGCAGUUUUAGGUCAACGUGCUAAAUAUUCAAUUGCGGAAUCUCUGUUUGGUCCACAAGCGCCGCUUAGCCAGGGAUGCUGUUGUCAACGUCAGCUGUGCUAAUUUGAGUGUGUGUUAGAGAAAGAGCGUAGAACGCGCGGUGAGCGAAGAGAGCUGUCGCAGCCAGAAACCUAAAGCAAGCGUCGCCAGUUACCCGCAAUCGUCGCCUGUCGCCCAGUUUGGCUAGAAGCAUGCGCUUUAAUACAUCGGAGCUGGCUAGCUUGGCAACCAAUUCUUUAACCAGAUUCGACAAAGAGGGUCUGCUGAUUCUAACCGAGCGCCAGACAAUCUUCUGGCGCACCGAUGUUAAGCUGGAAUGCUGGUGCAAGCUGCGUGGAAACUUACUUUUUUAUCUGAAGGACAAGAAUCCAAAAUCUUCAGUUGCCGGCGUCUUGGUGCUGGAGAACUGUCGUCCCAGCAUACACAAUGAGGAGCCCGAGGCGGAUGGCUAUGUGUUCGAUCUAGAGUUCAAGGACAGCCCAUCGCAACGCAUCGUCACGCACAGUGCGGCGGAACGGCUCGAUUGGGUGCGCUGCAUUCAGGCGAGCUCCAAUCAGCAAAUCGAUUUGCAAAUCAAACAGCUGGAGGAUCAGAUAGCUGCUGCCACCGCAGCCAAGCGCGCCGAGUCUGCCGCCAUGGGCAAUCGCAUCGAUCAGGGCCUGCCGCUGCCAGCAACAGUUUGCCACGAUUCGUGGCCGGCGUCGACAUCGGCUGCCGCCGCAGUCGAGGCGCCCUUUGAAGAUCCGGAGCUCUCGGAGCUGCCCAUCUGCGAGACGGCAAUCUCCUGUGAUAGCCUGCCCCUGGACAGCUUCGGGCGCGCACCGAAUCCGCGCGUCGUCUGCUCGGUGCUGCAGCCGGGCGAGGAUUGCCUGUGGACACAGCAUGCGCGCACCGAGCUGCUGGAGCGUACGCGUGCCCCAAGCUUUCUCUGCACGAUGCGCUUCCUGCGCAGCGCCGGCUUCCAGGCCUCGAGCCGGCUGCGUUUCACGGUCUACGACGUGCGGGAGCGCGUCUCGCUGACAUCGCUGCCGCUGGGCCACGCGGAGGUGGCGCUGGGCGUUAUACAGGACACGACGCGGCUGCGCUUGCCGCUCAGCUCGCCCAGCGGCGAGUGCGGCUCCAUAACGCUGACCUCCUGGGCACCGGAAGCGGCCACGGAACUGGCCUCAGCCAGCGGCCUGGACAGAGCCGUCAAUGGGCUGACGCAGCCGACGCAGCCGCCACGCUCGAGCACACAGUUCUUCCAGCAGGCCACAGAGGGCAGCGCCCGGCCAAAGGGCCACCGGCGCACCCAGUCGCUGCCGCCGAAGCUGGGCGUGCGCCUGUUCGUGCCGCAGCAGUGUGGCGUGGGUCACGUGUGCAUCAAUCCCAUCCAGCACUCGUAUCGGCUGCAGUCGUCGCUGGGCGCCGACAUCAGUGUGCUGGAGACGCUGCUGGAGUCGCGUCUGUGCUGCGCCGUGCCGCAGCAGCUGCUCUCGAUUUGGAUACAGCGCGAGAAGGAGCUGCUGCAGGAGAUCUCCGGCAUGGGCGAGCUGAAUGGCGAGUGGCGCUGGCGCCAAAUGAACCUGCUCGAGGAGCACUUGCGCCUGCUCAAGGAUUACUCCCAGGCCAAGCAGAACAUCCAGCAGCUGAUGCGCGACGGCGUCUACUACAAGCGCUCGGCGGUCAAGACGGACGAGGCGCUCGAGUUUCUGCCCGUCAAUCUGCACGUGCAGCGCAUGUGGGCCCAGAACGAUGCACUGCACCGUCGCGGCGUACUCGACAUUGUUACCGUGGGCGCCUUCACCCGUCACGAUGCCAAAGGUCGCAAGUGCGGCGGCCUCAUCAAGCUGCUGCAGGAGAGCAAGGCCUGGAAGCUGGAGCAGAGCAACGCGUGCAAGGUGCAGGCGGCCAACGAUGCCGUCCAGGCGACCAAGCAGCUGCGCAAGGAGAUUGUUGAGCUGAUGUCGCAGCUGCUGCAGCUGGCGACGCAGCGCAGUGCCCGGGACAUGAUGCCGCUGUGCAACGAGAUGAUAAACAAGACGCAGACGCUGCUCAACAUCUGGGAGCCGAGCAUUGUGGAGGAGGCUGUGACGUUCAUCGAGCGCCAUCGCAUCAUCGAGGAGCCGGACAACGAGCCGAUGUCGCCGUUCCGCAAAAUAACGCAGCAGCUGAGCGCAUUGGAGCUGAAGUCGCCGGAGCUGGAGGAUUUCGCGACGCCAGUUGUGGCGCCCCCGGAUCUGUGGCCACGUGGCGGCCAGCCGCUGAUGCGCUCCAACAGCUGGCAUCCGAGCAACACGUCGCCCUCCAGCUCGCUGGACAUCAAUGCGAUCGACUCGCUCCAGCAUGUGGUCAAGUGCUACAAUGCGCAUCUGCGCAACCUUGAGCAGCAGCAGCAGCAGCAGGAGGAGGAGGUGAAGGAGCAGCAGCUCCAGCCCCAGCAUCUGGCGGCGGGCGCGGCGGCAGUUCCUCUACAGCCUCAGUGUGAGCUGUCGGAGGAGGCCACAUAUCAAUCUCUGCCGCCCAGCUGGGAGGGCGUGGCGGCCGCAUCGUCAACGGCGCCGGUGCAACUGAUCGACCUGGACGAGAUGGUGAAGGCCGUGCGCAAGCGUCCGCAGACCGCCAGCUUCCUGGACACGAAGCUGAUGAGCUCGUCGCCCUCGGCGAACUACUAUCGGCCCACAGAGGAGCCGGAGCCACUGGAUCUCACCCAGCUGAACAUCGAGGCCAGUGUGAUGUGCCUGGUCAGCAAGCUGAAGUUCUUCUGUGGCCGCAGCGACAGUCCCGCCAUCCGGCUGCGCCAUCCCAAGGUGCCGCUGAAGCGCGAGGGCUUCGCCGUGGCACCGCAGCAGACGCCCGAUGUGAUAGCGGCGCCCGAUGUGAUCGUGGAGCCGACCCAACAGCUCAAGCUCGAUCUGGCGCCUGGCCCACUGCCGGCACCACCAACGGCCCCGGCGCCAGCCCCGCCCAAAAAGGGCAACAAGUUCACCGACGGCCUCGAUCUCUCGCUAACCACCGACUGGGUGGGCGAGCUGCGUCCCAGCAUGCGCAAGCUGCGCCACGCCAUGGACCGCCUGCUGAAGACGGCGCGCCUGAUGCACUCCGUGCAGCGGCUGCAGCAGGACGUGCGCUGCAAUCGCCUCCAGGCGAGCAUCAUGUACCGCCGCGACGUUUGCUUCUCGCAGGCGUUGACGGCUUUGGUUAGCGCUCUGAUGGUGCGGCUGUGGGGCAGGGAGGUGGAUGUGGCGUACAUCUCGCUGCUGCGUGAGCUGGGGCCGCUGGCGUACUUCGAGGGGCUGCUGUCGCUGUACGGCUCCGAGACGGACAUGUGGAGUGACAUGUGCAUCGCCAUCGAGGAUCUGUCGGCGGUCAGCUUUACGCUGGUGUCGGCCGCCCAGGACGAGGUGCAGCCCAUGCCGCGCAUAACGGGCUCGCGGCAGGCGCUGGAGGUGCUGCUGCCGGUGCCGGAGCACGCGCUGCCCGCGACCGGGCGCAGCUCGCUCAGCUUCAAAAUCACGCCCGUCUUCUUCAACAUCGGCAUCAACGAGAAGGCCACGCUGGGGCAGACGCGCGAGCAGCAGCGCUCCAACCUGGACAACUAUUUGCGGCUGAGCCAGUACUUCAGUCGCUAUCGCAAGCUGGGCCUGAACGCGACCUGCGCGGCCGACGCGGAUGCCAGCGUCUCGGAGUGGGAUGCCCUGCAGUCGCUGCUCGGCUAUAUGGAGCAGCAGCUGCGCUCCACCGUCUCCAAGAAUGUGAAGGUGCUGCACCUGGCCGAGGAUGCGUGCCGUCUGAUGGGCGGACUGCGGUUCACGUCCUGCAAGAGUGCCAAGGAUCGCACCGGCAUGGCCGUCACCCUGGAGCAGUGUCGCGUCCUGGUGCGCGAAUUCCAGCUGCCGGCCAAGCAAGUGCCCUACGUGCUCAGCACCAUGCGCAGUGAGGGCACGCGCAUGGACAACGUCUUCAAGAAUAUCGGCAAGCACAAAUACGCUUUUAAUCUGCCUCAGGUGAUCAUGCUGCCGGCCAUGUACAGGCCCCCGGUGGGCGCCUACGGCAAGGCCCAGACCUAAGGCACCCACAAAUCACUUCCAAGUUACAAAAUUGUUUUAGUCGUAAGUCGUCGAAGCGAGUGACACGAGUACUUAUGAGCACACACACACACACACACACACACACACACACAACCACACAUACAUACAUACAUAUUUAUAACACUUAAACUGUGCCAAAAAUCAAACAAGUUAAUCAGCUAAAAAACUAAUUAAAUUAGAGCAUCACAAGGCCGAAAGGUGGUUAGAGAGAGAGAGAGAGAAAGAGAGAGAGGGAGAGAGUGGGAGAGAGGAGAAGGAGGAGGAGGAAGUUGCCUUCGCCUGCAGGCGAAAUGUUUGUUAAACACAUUAAUCUAUUCCAUAGAAGAAUGAAUAUAUAUAUGCAUAUAUAUAUAUAGAUAUAUAUGUGUGGAGUUAGCUUUUCUCUAUUUAUGUACGUAUUUAUUUAAACUAUUAUGUAAUUCAUACACACGAUAUACUCGUCAGCGUGUACUUCAUCGAAUCAAUUCCAUGUACUUCCAGCGAUUGAGCAUGAAAGCAACUUGUUAACCAAAAUACAAAAUAAAACCAAAAAUCAGACAACGAUUAA